UUUUUUUUUUAGUUAAAUAAAAUUUGUUAGUAUAGUUUUUCGCAAGAUUUUUUCUUGCGUCCAAAAAAAAUUUUAAAAAUGUUUAAAGUCUAACUACAUAUUGCAAACUUGUCUGGGGAACCUGCUACCACAAUCCACACGACAGUGCAGACAAUAUAUCCAUUCAGAAGACAGCUGCCAAACGCCUAAAAGUGCCUAAUAUUCAUCAAGAAAUAGAUAUAAGUACCAAACAGGGGAGCAGGUUUCCUGUCAUUUGUUGCAAGACAAGCCCAACAAGAUGCCCAAAAAAGAUUCCUUAUCGGUUGCAGUAAUCUGCGCUUCAAACAUGAAUCGUUCCAUGAACGCACAUCUACUAUUGAAAAACAAAGGUUUUGAUGUGAAAAGUUAUGGGGUUGGUGAUCUAAUACGAAUUGCCGGAAAGACACGAAAUAAACCCAACUAUUACCCCUUCGGCACUUCGUAUCAAGAGAUUUAUAAUGAUUUGGUUGCAAAGGAUAAAAAGUACUACAAAAGUAUUGGUUUCUUGAAAUUGCUCGAACGUAACCGUACAAUUAAAAAUGCUCCAGAGCGUUUUCAAGAUUGCACGGAACAAUUCGAUCUUAUAGUUACCGUGGAACAAUGCAUUUUUGAACAGGUAGUAAAAACUAUACAAUCUCAUUAUCCAACAACUCGUCGCUAUGUCCAUGUAGUAAAUAUUGACGUCGAAGAUUGCUUACAAAAGGCUUCGUAUGGGUCGGUGUUGAUUGCUGAGUUUCUGACUAAGAUUGCCAAAUCCAAAAAUUGGCGUAUGGAGAUCUCUUAUCUUAUACAUGACUUCCAAUCGCGACACAAAAAAAGGGUAUUACAUACUGGAUUGUUGUACUGAAGAACUAAGAAGAAACUAAGCUGGGUCGCGUUUAAAAAAGUUGCAGAAAUUAUAAUUAUACAUUUAAUUUGUAUAUAUAUAAGUCUUAUAUCAACCGGCAAUAAUAACACAAGUUUAGACUUUA